AUGGUUGGGAAUGGGCCUGCGAGUCGAUCUCGGACUCAGGUCGGUAAUCUGAAAUUGAUUGAAAAGGUUUCUUCCCCGUUUUAUGUGACGAAUUUCCCUGUUCAUCUCGGAGUGAAGGAAUUAUGGGAUGCAUGUGCGAAGGUGGGGACUGUGGUUGAUGUUUACAUUGCUAAGAAGCUAUCCAAAUUAGAACCUGAUCGUAAGAGGCAGUCUGAUUCACAUGUACAUGGUGAUCAGGUGGUGUCAAAAAUUAAUGGGCAGGGGCUUGAAUCCUAUGCGACUGUGGUUAAGGGGGGCAAGGGCAUGCAUGGGCUGAAAGAGCCAAAAUCUACUGUUUGUACUUUGUCUGGGAAGGAAAUAUGCAAUAAUCUGUCCUUACAGGCUUCGGUGUUUGCGAAACUCAGGGAUAUUAGAUUGAUUCAAAAUUUGUUUGUUUUAUUGAAAGAAGAGGGCUUUGAUGAUCUUCAAAUCAAGUAUGUUGCUAGUGAUUGGGUAUAUUUGACAUUUUUGUCUGAAGAAGUCUGCGCCAGGUUCAAGAAAUGUAAUGGUAUUAAGGCCUAUUUUUCUUUGUUUACGCCUGUUGUAAAUGGGUUUUUUGUUAAGGAAAGAGCUGUGUGGAUUGAAAUGAUUGGGUUGCCUUGUUGUGCAUGGAAUGAAGAUGCCAUUUCUAAGGUGGCUAGCAUGUGGGGUGAUGUAUGUUUUCUAGAUGAUGAUGGGGAUACUCCAUUGGCAAUCAAGAGGGCGUGUAUUAAGACUUCUAAGCCGGCUUUGAUUCAUGAGACAGUUAAAGUGGUUGCCCAAGGUAUUGAGUAUGAUUUGGCAUUUCGUGAAAUUUCUAAUUGGGAACCAGAUAUAUUGGAAGAGGGGGAGGUGGGCUCGGAUAUUCCAGACUUGUCAGAUGAAGAGGAACCCAAGGAUUUUUUUGGUGAAGAUAUGUGUGAUAUACAAAAAGAUUGUCAGGAGGGUAACGGUAAUGAGGAGGUUGUAGAUUCUCUCAAUGUGGAUAACACUCCGAAUUUAGGUGAUCGAGGAGCUGGUUUUGUAGAUAGAAAAUGUCGUUUCUUUCAAACUAGUGGAAGGAAGAAGAAGGUGGAUAGAUGCUUUGAAGAUGAUGAGCGGGUCAAUUCGAUCAUGUGUGACGCAUCGGUGAAGUCGCCGACUAGGCCCGAGAGGGAUUCUUCGCCGGCUGAUGAGGAAAUCCGUCAGGAUGGAGUAGUGGGGGUGGGGCUUCGGAAUCUUUAUCUCAUUCUCCAGGGUUCCAGCGUGAGAAGUUACACGGGAAUUUUAAUCUUAAUUCCUCAGCGUCGAGAUCCUCUGGUUCACAUGGUUCUUCUAAGUUGCUAA